GAAAAACAGCGAACGCCUCAACAUCCACCACUCCCGCGUCGUACCAGCUCUCGUCACGUACUCAAGUCGGUCGGACGCGCUGCGCAUAAUUGCGAUGACGAGCUCCUCGGCUACACUGAACCACGGCCAAGAGCAAAUGCGGCAUCCUCCUGUAUUCGACGGACACCCAAAGCCGGCGCGGACAUCCUCACCAUCGCACCACCUGCUUCCGUCCGGGCAACACAGGACGGCCGACAGUCGUCACGCAUCAAAGACCACCCUGCCCUGCCAUUCCAUGCGUGUGCCCAUCCGCAGGCACUCCCGGACCGUGAACGUUUCCAUCGUGGGCCGCGGCGACCUCGAAGACGGAGAUCGCAGCCGUGCGAGAAGCCGGGAUUUCAAGAUGCUGUCUACAAUCGCGAGGAGGCUAAGACUGUCGUCCCUGGCAGUGCGCGACUUACGAAGGGCGGGAAGGAUUGGCGAGCAGCGAGGGAUGAUAGGCUGGACAGAUGUCCACAAUUGACACGUCAUCGCGAGCAGCUGGUUAAGGCCGCGCACACGUUCUGGCGUGUUCCAACGCGUACUGGCGAGCUCGACCCACGCUUGCGAUGUCGAGAAGGGAAGACUACCGCGACCGCAAGGAGUCUACUGACGACG